AUGUCAAUGCCUUUUACUAUUCCUCGAUUCGCUGGCUCUACUUUGGAGCCAUCCAGUGAACCCAUCAUCAUUUAUCCAGAACACAUGUUGCGUAAAGAAAACGAAUUUCAUACUCAAGUCCUGAUUGUACCUACUCGAUGCACACCUCCUCUCAAUCGAAGAAACAAGCCUGCACAUAUCAUCAUUCCACCCUACGAAAGGGUCUCCUUGCAAGACGACGACACUUAUUCUCCAUGGUCCUAUGAUUCAACUGCCAACAGCACAACUGAUCAAGAAUCAUCCUUCCCUCCAUUUCCCUAA